AGAGAACUGAGUACUUGGUGGCCGGAUCCGUCUGGACAUCACAAGGCAGCAUCUUUGACUGGUCUUGGGAAAGAUCAAAACACUGAUGCCGUCAAUUUAAGUUGUUGUGUAAAAGCUCAUGACCUAAGUGGCACUUCUGAGCCUGAACAAGUAAUGGUCAGAAAAAGAUCGAGCAGCCACGAUGGAUUAUAUUAUGAGUAGUUACAUACUCAACAGGAACAUACAGUAUCUGCUCGGUGGAAUUGCAGCCUACUUGCCAACAUUCAUGACGCCCUGCCUCGGGGUAUUGUCAGAGGCUCCGCUCGGUUUCUGGCAUAGAAGGUGAACGAACCAGUGGCGCUUCGAGAACUGCAAGUCCCAGAGAUCUCCGUAUCAGUGUAUUCAAGAGACAUGGCAGCGCCGUCCCGCAGUACAUGCAAUGUUACGGAGCGCUCUUUCCGGGAGCGGGUCCCCCCGUUACUGACCGACCUGUACCAGUUCACAAUGGCGUACGCGUACUGGCGGGCCGGUCGGCACCAGGAGCACGCAGUGUUCGAGAUCUUCUUCAGGGACAACCCGUUCGACGGCGGGUUCUCGCUGCUCGCCGGCUUGGACGACUGCCUGCUGUUCCUGCGCAGCUUUCGCUUCACAGAAGAAGAUGUGGAGUUCCUGCGCUCGGUCCUGCCCCCGGCCACCGACCCUGCCUUUUUCCAGUUCCUGCGAGACCUGGACUGUUCGGGUGUCACGCUCCGCUGCAUCCCAGAGGGCACUGUGGUGUUUGCCAGGGUGCCUCUGAUGGAGGUGGCAGGUCCACUGGCUGUGGUGCAGCUGCUCGAGACCAGUUUGCUGUGUCUGGUGAACUAUGCCAGUCUGGUGUGCAGUAAUGCUGCCCGCUUCCGCCUGGCAGCCGGCCCCAGGAGGAAGCUGCUGGAGAUGGGCCUCAGGAGGGCUCAGGGGCCAGAUGGAGGCCUCACUGCCUCACGUUACACAUACAUAGGAGGGUUUGACUUCACCAGUAACGUUCAGGCUGGAUUCCUGUUUGGGAUCCCUGUCGCAGGAACCAUGGCACACUCGUACAUCACUUCCUUUACCUCCCUGGAGGAAGUGCGGCCGCAGACUGUUGUAGCAGCGAACGGGGACCUUGUCGACUUCAUCUCGUUGACAAAGGGCUGGUUGAGUCGUGUGUGCGAGCUCCUGGGAGCAGAGUCUGGCAAGGUCAGAGAGGGCGAGCUGGCAGCCUUCUUGUCCUACGCCAUCGCCUACCCUCAGAACUUCCUCCCUGUGAUUGACAGCUACAGUGUCAGCUGUAGUGGCCUGUUGAACUUCUGCGCUGUGGCCUUGGCACUGUGUGAACUGGGCUACAAGCCUGUGGGGGUCCGUCUGGACAGCGGGGACCUCUGCAGGCAGUCGGUCGAUGUCCGCUGUGUCUUCAGAUGCUGCAGCGAGCAUUUCUCCAUCCCAGCUUUUGGCUCACUGAUCAUCGUUGGGACCAAUAACAUUUCAGAGCAAAGCAUGGCUGAACUCAGCUGGAAGGAGAACGAGAUCGACGUGGUCGGUGUUGGAACGCAUCUGGUCACCUGCACAAAGCAGCCCUCACUGGGCUGUGUGUACAAGUUGGUGGAGGUGAGGGGGAGGCCCAGGAUGAAGAUCAGUGAAGACCCAGAGAAAAGCACCGUACCUGGGAGGAAAGCCGUGUACCGGCUGUUAGACGCUGAGGGACACCCUUUCCUGGACCUGGUGAGUCUGGCGAUGGAGACUCCUCCAGAGGCAGGAGUCCCGCUGAGCUGUUACCCCCUGGGGUGUGAUAACUCCGCCGUGUCAGUCACUCCAGCUCAGGUCAUCUCUCUGUGCCAGGAGAUGUUUGUCAAAGGACAGGUCACACAGCCUCUAUGCAGCGCUGCAGAAACUAGAGCAAAGGUCCAGAGCUCCCUCCAGACUCUGCACCCUCGACACAAGAGGCUGCAGGAGCCAGACUCUUACACAGUGGCGCUGUCAGACAGACUCCAGAAUCUGGUCGCUGAGAUCCAGAGAGGCAGCAGCGACGACAGCAACUGUGUCCUAGCCAACUAAUAAUAAUCCUCCACAGCUGUUCUGCUAUUGAAACUAUUUUCUAAAGUGUCUCAGCGCACAUGUUUGUAGAGCCUGGUCCCAGUGAACCCUGACAGUGUCAACAGGAACACACAGUUGUACUGUGGCCUUUGUCAUGCAGAUCUGCCGCCUGUCAAAAGGCUUUAAAGUGAACAGAUUCGAAGGAGGACUGAUUCUGUGAAAAGCCCAGCAGGGGCAGACCCAGACAUACCACAUCAAAUCAUCUGUCUAACUAAAUAGAUCGUUUUUCACUGGAAACUGUUGUUUUGAUGAUUUCUUCAGGAAACUGCCAAACCGUUUAAAAUGAUGUGUGUGAAAUGUCCAGCACAGUCAGCAGCACUUCCUACGCUCAACAAUCAGGUGAAACCCCUGAUAAAAAAUAGUUUGAUGGGGAAAAAAAUUUAUCAGACCGUAAACUCCAGAUCUCUCAGCUGCUUCUUAAGCUUCAGCUACAUUUGAUGGCACAUCUGUUUGUCAGUUAAAGCUCAAUUAACUGUGUUUGCUGGGGAAGAAGUAAGUGAACCUCGAGUUGAAUUAUGAAUUGCGUAAAUCUGAACUUUUCACUUUGUUCAUGUCUCUUAUAUGGGGGAACAAAAUCCUGGUCCGUCGGUGCUGUGGAAGCACAAAGACAGUAAAGCGCAGGGAAUAAAAAGUGCCACCUUACAGAGAAAUAUGACCACUUCAGCAAAUGCGUGUUUAUGCAAAUUUACAGUUUCAUUAUAUUUUACUAACUUAAAAAAUAAAUACAAUUAAACUAAUGUAAU